CCGACGCGGGUUGCACGCUCCUCUCUACCAUUUACUAAUGGAAUUCGGACUCGCUCGGUGACUUGUGACUCGUAAACAAGUGUCUGUCAACAGACGGCAUUCGAAAUUUGAAUUUAAAAGUUUUGAAACCAUUCGAAACUUUGUGUUCUUUUCUUUAAUAAAUGUUUUUUUAUUGUGUGCUAUCUACGAUGAAGAUUAGAAAAAGACUGUCUGUGUCCUUUAGUUUGUGACUGUUUUUGACUGAAGUGCUUGUGAAGUUCUGGACGAUAGAUAUUAUGUAAUGCGAUAAGUGCCCCAAGACCUAACAAUGAAGAUUUUAACGCUUAUAGCGUUGUGUGCAAUAACAACGGCACACAAAAUCACCGAACUGAAGGUUCCACUGUACGCGGAUCCACGUCGAGCCGCCGAGCUGAGCUGUCACUUCCAGAUGGACGAUCAGAAACUCCACUCGGUCAAGUGGUAUAGGGAUAUGAACGAGAUAUUCAGAUAUAACCCAUCACAGAAGCCAUCCAUACGCCUCUUCAACAUAACUGGAAUCAUGGUGCAAGGAGGGGAUUGCCAGGUGGACUCAUGUAUGGUGCGGGUCAUGCCUCCACCAGUCGCUACCAGGGCUGCAUAUAGUUGUGAAAUUUCUACCGAGGGUCCCAAGUUCCAAAUAGCAAGACAAACUAAACACAUGACUGUUGUUGCAAUGCCAGACAAGGACCCCAUAAUAAUUGGAGCGCCCAAAUUAGUGAAGCCUGGGGAGCAAAUACUGCUGAACUGCACUACCGACUACUCUCUACCGGCGUCCGAUAUUAAUUGGUACAUCGACAAUGAGCCAGCCAAGACAGAGCCAUGGCAGCACAGAGAGCUAAGCGCACCUCAGCCAGGCGGUCUUCGAGCAUCCUGGCGUAUUCUUCGAGUAGCCGUUCCGCCCACUGCAAGCGGAGCGUUGCGCGUGCGAUGCGAAGCAAUCCUCCCCGUAGAACCCCCCGUAGUCAGAGAUACUAUGACCAUCAUCACUGUGUACUCACGUACGCAGCUGUCAAAGUACGUCUCCAACAGAGGUAUUCAAAUGGAUUACAAAAUUAGUUUUAUUUUAGUUUUAAUCUGGACUUUUAAAGAAAUAUUGAAGUUCAUGAGCUUAUGAGGCUUGGUAUGAAGUACUUUCACAGUGAUAUUAGAAUAAGUGUAGAUAAAAUCUGAUCGGCCUCAAAACAUAACAAAAUGUUUGGGAGCUAGCGAACAAUUUAAUUCCCAAUGUAAGUAAUAUUAAAUUAGUCAUCGAGAUCAUAAAGUAAUCAUCUGUAAUGGAAAAGUUAAAUGUUCGUUCGCUCUUUGACUAUUGCUGUAAACUAUUAAAUAUACGAUAUUAGAUCGUAUGUAACCUACAAAUAAAGAAGAAUUUAAUUCAGCAGUCUAUAGAUAUCCAUAGGUGUAAUGAUAUGCGAUACGGAGUUAUUAUUUUUUGUACAUUACCAAGUGUUGUUUUUUAAAAUAUCGUCAAAGUGUAUAAUAUAAAAUGUAUUAUUAUGAUUAUUACGUAUUGUGUAAAAUAUAAAAUUUGUUAGAUAAAUAAAAAAAGAAAACUGAAACAUAUUAUAUUAUUGUAGAAUAAAUGUUAUUUGUUCAUUAUCAAAUUUUAAUAACUUGCUCUACAGUUUUUAAGUGUCACAUAUUUUUCCGAUAAAAAGUUUCGUGUUAAAAUAAUGGAUGGCACUGAUGGAUGAAGGUUUCAAUUAACAUAAUUCAUGUCGUAAUAAUUUAUAUGUAUGCUGAAAAUAACACAAUGGUUUAGUUUCAAAUAAACAUAAAAUUAAUUGAGUUACUUAUCGAGAGAUUAUGGAUAUUUUAAUUAUUUAUUAUUUAUUUCGGCCGCAAGAGAGUACCCGGUUUAAAAAGGAUGUGGAAAUUAGAAGCUGUAAAAAGUGAAGGAUAUGGGGUUCCAAUAAAUGAAAUAUGGUUAUCUGGCAUGACAUAUUCAGCCGUAGGUCACUGCCAUAUAUUUCGUUACUGAAUUCUGUCACAAGCUGUCGUCAUAACAGUCUAUCAUGCGAUAUUGCAGGCCAGCGAAAUGGGGUCACAUUUUAUAAACUAGAAAACGACUUUGAAAGUGUUUUACUCCGUUUGAAACUCCCAACUUGGCUUUUAAAACCUACCGAUUUUAAUGCCACUUUUAAAAAGAGAGGUUAAAAUUUAUUUGAACGUCUAUUUCCACUUGUGCAUGUGUGUAUUAUUGCCGAGCUCAGCUCUACAAAGUUAUUGCAAUUUUAAUGGGUACAUAAGCUUUAUGGUUGCACUAAAAUGUAUGUAAGUAAAUAAUAAAAUUAAUAUUGUCUAUUAUUUAUUUCGUUGCAAGAUAUCAGAUAACUGUUUAAAUGGUCACACUUUCACGCCGAUUUUAUUGUCUUUCUCUAAACUUAAUUUAGAGUAUCUGCAUCCUCCUCCUUUUAAUAUUGCUAAAAAAGGACGGAUCAU